GUUUUGUGCGGUUGCCGCAGGUUCACACGCAACGCAACUCCCUUUGCUUAUAUAAACAAACACACAGACAUCAUCUAUCGCAACUGCAAACUCAGAAAAUCUUGCUGCCGCCUCUCAUCUCUUGUUUUUCCUUAAACAUUCCGAAAAUUACAUUCUGAUCUCCUCCCACAAUAUAAUAACCAAAUCUUCUGUUUCUUCUUCAUUUUUCAAAUUCCAAUAAUAACCAAACAGCCAUGGCCGCCGCCCAAGAUUCUACUUCUUCCUCCAACACCACUGGGACUGGAAAUUCUUCUGAGCUGUCCCCACUGCAAAAGCAUGUUUUGUUCUUCGAUAUCAACAAGGAUGGCAUCAUUUAUCCAUGGGAAACUUAUCAAGGUUUUCGAAAAAUUGGAUGUGGGGUGCUUCUCUCCGUUUUUGCAUCCAUAUUUAUAAAUUUAGGUCUCAGCCGAAAAACUAGACCGGGAAAGUGGCCAUCCCUUCUCCUCCCUAUUGAAGUGAAAAACAUCAAACUCGCCAAACAUACUAGCGAUUCUGGCGUCUAUGAUUCCGAAGGAAGGUUUGUUGAAUCAAAAUUUGAGGAGAUAUUCAAGAAACAUGCAAAAUCAAAUGCUAAUGGUUUAACAUCAGAGGAAUUGGAUGAAGUGCUCAAGGCAAAUAGGGAGCCAAAGGACUAUAAAGGAUGGGUUGCUGCAUUGUCAGAGUGGAAGAUACUAUACCUCCUAGGCAAAGACAAGAAUGGGAUUUUGCCCAAAGAAACUAUAAGAGGAGUUUAUGAUGGAAGCCUGUUCGAAAUAAUGGCCAAGGAGCAUGCAUCUAAGAAGCAAGUCUAAUUGAUUUUUUUUAAAUGAAAUUAUUUUGUUUUAGUACUUGAUCUUCUGUUUUUACUAGAGCAUGAAUUUAAUGAAAUGAACUUGAAGAAUUGUUGUUUGAAUACUGGUUCAUAAUUUUUUUCAUAUUUGAUUGAUUUCUUUUCAA